AUGAAGUUCUUCGAGAACUCCUCAAGCUAUGAUUACUCGUUCCCUGCUGUGACGCUUGCUUAUUUUCUUCGAUAUCCAAAUCCCUACUCGAAACAUGUCCUCAGCACUGAUGUCAUUGAUCGCUAUGUGGAUCCUUCAACGAAACGACUUCACACGACUCGCCUGCACCUCAAGCGAUCCAAGGUGCCAUCUGCCAUGGCAAAACUUCUGCCAGCGGGCCUGACAGGCCCAGGAGGAGCACAGCAAAGUUAUGUAGUCGAGAAAAGUACCAUAGACGUCCGGGAAGGCUGGAUGGAAACCGAAUCGCGCAACAUGGAGUGGACCGGGAUUUUGAGCGUCAUUGAGCGACAGACCUACAGGCGGCAGCCGCUACCCAUUGAAACCUGGCGUGACAAGUUAGCUGCUAGUGAUGAAGACACAACUCUCGGCGGCGGAGAAAGGGAGUGGACUUCAUGCAAAACCGUCGUGUCCUUCAAGUCUCGGCUAGGACAGGCCAUAAAGAAAAAUGCCGAAGCCAUGGCAAAUGCAAACGAGGACGAGACCCCACGACAAGGCUUCUUCGCAUCAUGGUCAACUGCUGGUAUACAAAGAACCAUUGAGCUCGUUGGUGUGAAGCGGUCCAAAACUGCAAUCAUGAACGGCAAGAAUGGGAUGAAUGUGGUGCUAGAAAGGCUUCGGAGUGGUGGGGUGAUGGGUGUGCUUGAUGGUAUGAGAAACGAUCGCUUGGAAAUGUUGGGAGUUCAAGAGGGACAGUGGAAGAGAGCUUGGAUUAGUGGAAACCAAGGGGGAGAUCCAGACCCCUCACCACCAGACUUGAAUUCUGAGCACCUGGACCAUGACAGGUGA